AUGGCCGCAAGCCAAGCCGGACUGACGAUGUGGUCAGUGUUUCUAGUGCUGUGUUGCCUAACGCAUAGUUUACUGGCUUUGCAAGAAGGUGAGUCGUGCCAGCACCAGGGAGAGACGGGAGUUUGCAGACCAUACUCAAAGUGUAAGCGCGGCAAUCGCAUUACCGUGUGCAGCUAUUCAGCAACGGAAGCAAUCAUCUGCUGUCCUCCAUCGCAACAGCUGGAACCAGCUGGCGUCAGUAGAACAGGUCCACUAAGCUCGACUAAUCGUGCCGGGACCGUGGAACGCAUCAGCGAGAAAAAAUGUAGAGACUACAAAGAUCUUACUACGGAGAGUGUCGCCAUCAGUGCGCUGACGCUCAAUCCGACGCUGGUCAAAAUUGAUGUGCCAAAGUGUGACAUGGUAGUGAAGCUGAUCGUCGGUGGCAACAUUACGAAACCGGGUGAAUUUCCCCACAUGGCAGCGAUCGGUUGGCGUCGUCCGAACGGUGGCUACUCGUUCGAAUGCGGUGGAUCACUGAUCAGCGAAUACUACCUACUAACGGCGGCCCAUUGUUACGCUGAAUCCGAAUCGGGCGAAUUGCCAUCGAUGGUGCGGCUGGGUGACCAAAACUUGGUGCGCGAUGACGAUGGUGCCGAGCCGGAGGAUUACGACAUCAAGCAAUUCAUCGUGCAUCCGGAUUUUAAAUGGAGCGCCGGCAAAUACAACGAUCUAGCCUUGAUCGAAACGAACGAACGGGUGGUUUUCACGAACUUUAUCCGUCCGGCAUGUCUGUACACAGCGGACAGAUUGGACGUAAGCACGGCGAUUGCGACCGGGUUCGGGUUGACCGAGGACUUUGGCCCCAAGUCGGAUGAGCUGCGCAAAGUGGCGUUGAAUAUUUACGAUAACGCACUGUGUGCCGAUCGGUACCGGUUGAACCGUCACAUCCGCCAAGGCAUCAGCAGCACGCAGAUGUGCGUUGGUGAUCUCUCGGGCGGUAAGGAUACGUGCCAGGGUGACUCCGGUGGACCGUUGCAGGUUACGCGCGAAGAAAACCAAUGCAUGUUCUACAUCGUUGGUGUGACAUCGUUCGGACAGGUGUGCGGUAGUGCAACGCCGGCAAUCUACUCUAGAGUCAGCUCGUACCUUGAUUGGAUCGAAUCUGUCGUUUGGCAAUAA